AGGGGGAAACAACGCGCCCCGGAGCGUGUGGGCUACCCGGAAACGAAGAAGGCGGAUGUGGCGUAGUUGUGUUUACACCUUUCAGCUGAGAGAUAGUGAGCCAAGAAAGCGGGUAUAAUAUAAUUUCUCUUUCACAUAUUUACCUGCAGAGUUUGGGUGUAGUUGUGGUAUUUCAAUGGGUGGUCACGGGGUUUUGGGGAACGAGCCCGAGUCUAUUGACUACUCGGUGCACGAAGCCUGGAAUGAGGCCACUAAUGUCUACCUGCUGGUUAUCCUGGUCAGCUUCGGCCUGCUGAUGUACGCCAGAAAAAACAAGAGGAAGAUCAUGCGCAUCUUCACUCUGCCUCCCACCGUUGGCAGCAGCCCGGAGCCCAACUUCUACGACAGCUUGCAGAAGGUCCGCCUGCGGCAGCAGCUGGAGAUGUACUCUCUGGCUAGGAAGUUUGAUCAGCAGCAGGGCCAGACAGACAGUGUGCAGCUCUCCAUGGAAUGAGAGCAGGAAGGAACUCAUUGUUCUCCGUCAGAGUAACACUCCUGCGUCUGCGAGCCCUCUCUGCGUGGAUAGGAAAGGAUUUGGACGGCUGUCAUGAUCUUAGAUGGCGCAAAAGACGCUACUACUGCCAUCCUGGUCAUUCCUGUUCGACUCCUCUAUUGAGAAGCGUCUUCCUUCCCUUUCUGUUGUUUGUUUUUCUGUCUAUUAGGCAUUGAGUAGGUACAGCUGGAUGGAUGGAGAAGCAGCAGAGACUCUAACUUGAAUUGAGGAAUGAUAAACCUGUAACUGCAGCAGAUGAGAUUAAAAAGAAGUCCACACAAGACCUUUUUGCACAUAGAAUAAGAUCCUUCAAAUAUAAAAUAGAUUGUAGUUGGUUUCCAUUUGUUUUUUUGUUAUUUUUACUGUUUCAUGUUUUGUGUCAGCUGGGUAGUAAAAUCUAAAUUCUGAAAUGUGAAAAUAAAGGCCCAUAAAGCUAAGCAGCCAGUCAGCAAAUGCCUUCAUUAUCA